AAGAAUACAAACUGAUUCGAUUUGUCGGAAGAAGAAAAAAAAAAGCGAUUGUAAUAAUCGUCAUUCUUUUGUCUGUUAGUACGAAAUCGAAGAAUUGGAUGAAGCAAAGAGAGUGUUAUCCAAAAACAUGACAAUCUCUGAAGAAAUCCAGAGAGCGACAUGCGCCUCUCCUUCCGGUGAUCACCGCUUCGAGAAGCUUCGCGGCGUCCGAUGGCGAAUCAACCUCGGAAUCUUACCAUCUUCUCCUUCCUCCUCCAUCGACGAGCUUCGCAGAGUCACCGCCGAUUCCAGAAGAAGAUAUGCUGCUUUGAGAAGGAGACUGUUGAUUGAUCCACAUUUGCCUAAGAAAGGAAUCAAUUCUCCAGAUCUAACCAUUGAUAAUCCUUUAUCACAGAAUCCUGAUAGUACUUGGGGGAGGUUCUUCCGUAAUGCAGAGCUUGAGAAAACAUUAGAUCAAGAUCUUUCACGGUUGUAUCCAGAGCAUGGGAGUUACUUUCAAUCCUCUGGAUGUCAAGGGAUGUUAAGAAGGAUACUUCUCCUUUGGUGUUUGAAGCAUCCAGAGAUUGGUUAUAGACAAGGGAUGCAUGAACUGUUGGCUCCUUUGCUUUAUGUACUUCAAGUGGAUGUGCAAUAUCUAACGGAAGUUAGAUCAAACUACGAAGACCAGUUUACUGAUUUGUUUGAUGAGUUAGCCUUUCAAGAACGUGAUUCCGCAGCUUACGAUUUCGAUAUUAAGAAAGUUUUAGAUGAUUCCAUGGAAGAAGAAGAGGAAGAUGAAAAUGGUCAUGCUUCUGGAACCACCAAGAAGAAAAAACCAAAGCGUUUCGAUGAACUCGACACGGAGACACAGACUGCUGUUCUGCUGAGUGAUGCUUACGGAGCAGAAGGUGAGUUAGGUAUCGUCCUCUCAGACAAAUUCAUGGAACAUGACGCAUACUCGAUGUUUGAUGCUCUCAUGUACGGUGGAACUUCUCUCGGUUCUGUCUCCGUGGCGAACUUCUUUGUGUAUUCAGCUCCAAGUGAUUCAGUCACUGGACUGCCUCCAGUGAUAGAAGCUUCUUCAGCAUUGUAUUACUUACUCUCUCUAGUUGACGCUUCUCUCCACAGCCAUCUAGUUGAGCUCGGCGUUGAGCCACAGUACUUUGCGCUACGUUGGCUACGUGUUUUGUUCGGGAGAGAGUUUCCUCUAAGCAAUCUCUUAACCGUGUGGGAUGAGAUAUUCUCUGCAGACAACUCCGAGGUAGAGAGAGUCUCUUCUGUUGAGGAUGAUGAUUUAGGGUUUGAGUUCAGGAUCCUAAGCUCUCCACGUGGAGCUUUGGUUGCAGGAAUGGCGGUUUCAAUGAUACUUUAUUUGAGAUCAUCUUUGUUAGCUACUGAGAACGCAACGUCUUCUCUCAAGAGGUUACUCAACUUUCCGGAGGAUAUUGAUUUGAGCAAAGUCAUUGAGAAGGCUAAGUCAUUGCAGAGUUUAGCGUUGGAGAUCAAUGCUCGUCGUGAUUUGCUUCCAAAAGGGUUUAGGAAACCUAUGAGAGGUCACAGCUUAUCUGUUGAUUCUAUCUCACUUGGUGGUUCUAGUUCUCCUGUUGGGAGAGUUCCUGAGAGCUACUGGGAAGAGCAGUGGAGAGUUAUGAACAGUGCUGAGGAAGAAGAAGCACGGAGAAGAAAAGCAACACAGAGACCGAACAAGAAGAGUUGGUCGGAGAGAGUGAAGCUUAAGCUUACGAGGACUGAGUCUGAUCCAUCACCUGCUGAAGUAAAUAGAAGCGGGAACAAGCAGCCUAUUAGACGUAGUUUACUUGAUGACUUGUCGAAGCAGCUUGGAGACAAAGAUUCAGUCUCUCCGACCAACACAGAUACAGAUAUUGAACGGUUAUCUACAGUUUCUGAUUCACCAAGCGCAGAUUGUGAGGACCAUGUGGAGUUGCCACUUGCUGUUCCUGAGAACGAGUCUAAGGGGAAGUCAGUGGUGAAUAUCUUCAAAGAUAGGAAUAUUCUUUCGGGUAAUUUCCAGAGGUUAUGGAGGUUAGGUAAAGGCUUGUCUGGGGAGGAGAGUUCGGAGACGAAAGAAGCUAAACCGGUAGAGCCUGAAGUUAAACCAAUAGAGCCUGAAGUUGAACCAGUAGAACCUGAAGCUAAACCGAUAGAUCAUGAAGAAGAAGAAGGAGAAAAGACCAAUUCGGAAUCAACUGUAGGUGAUGGAGAUAUGUUAAAGAAUACAGGACGGUCCAUGCUUGAACAUAUUAAGGUGAUAGAGUCUGUGUUGGAGCAAAGUUCACCGGAGAAUAUGGCUGACAACCAUAGACUAACGGUUGAAGAAGCUCUCAGAGAACUUCGUAGACUUGGUAAUAUGUUGUUGUCGGAUAUGUAAAGUUUAUGACUACUUGCCUACGUAAUUCAAUCUGAAAAUUCAUUUUAACUAUCUGUAUGUGUGAGAUUGUGUUUGUGUGUGCGUGUGUGAGAGAGAGAGAGAGAGGGGCCGUGUAAGUGUAUUUGUAAAUACGAGAAUUUUUGAAGAGGGUUUUGUCCUUUUUUUUCUUUAGCAGUGAUAGAAUUAGAGAUGCUAGGUUUCUUCUAGCACAAGAAACCUGAGUCUCUGUGGACUUUUUUUUAGCCCUAACGGUUUUUCAACGGUUUGUAAUGACAAAAGCAGAAUGC